AUGGAUGACAUCAACUCUGAAGUACGGAUCCUCCAGUCUUUGGAACACAGAAACAUAGUCCGAUUCUAUCAUGUCAUUAACACACUGGAAAAGACUUAUGUGGUCAUGGAGUAUGUGGCAGGAAAUCACUUGGAGAUGUUCCUCAGGGACAAAACCUAUCUAAAGGAGGAAGAAGCUAGACCAAUAUUCCAAAAGAAUAUCCUGAUUGACAGAGCUGGAAACGUGAAGCUUUGUGACUUUGGGAUGGCUAUUCAGCUCCAAGAGGGGCAGAAGCUGAAGAAUGUCUGUGGCUCUUUGCGCUAUAUGGCUCCAGAGAUCUUGGCGAGGAAACCCUAUGAUGGGCUCCCAGUUGACAUGUGGAGCUUGGGAGUGGUCCUAUAUGUACUGGUCACAGGACAGUUUCCAUUUACAGCAACUACAAUUCAUGGUAUGCACAGGCUUGUCACUAAUACAGAGUACCCCAUUCCCUACAACCUCUCAAAGGCCUGUCGCAAGAUCAUUGCACAAUUGCUCACAGUCCCCACCCAGUACAGGAUAACAAUAUGUCAGCUCCUAGAAAGAAGAUGGCUGGGCCAUAUUAAAGGGCACGUAGAACCUGCAAGUAAAGAAAUCCUUCCCAGGGUUGUAGACACUAUGUGCAACAUUGGCUAUACCUGUGAAGAGAUUGUGUCCUCCUUAAGAAAAAGGCAAGAAAGUAAUAAUGUAACAGCAACUUUCAAUAUUCUGAAACACAAAUUGAGCUGUGGGGACAGUCAUCAGCAAAACGGGAAGCCCUGUUUAAACAGAAGCCCAGGAGGUGCUCUUCACCCCCUUGUCUCCUUGAAACGGGCAGCCAGUGAAACGGCCUUGGCAAAAAAUAUAGAAUCUGGGAAGGCUGACUUUCAGGAGAAUGGUGUGGAUAGAAGAGGUGAGAGAUGCCAAAGCUAUAAGAUGCACAAUAAAUACUCCUGCUUGGAGAUGAUGCCCUGUUCAGAUGAAAUACUUCCAAAAAGAAUUAUCAGGAAGGCUAAAGUCAUCCACAGUGCUACUGGGGAAAUUGCAAUCAACAUAAAUUCUGUGGAAAGCCUGCCACCUACAGGGAUUCCGAAUAAGGAAUUCUCCAUAGAGCAACCAUCCUUGUGGCCCAACAUUGCCCAUGAACAUUCCUAUUUUGGAUCCACAACCUCUGCAUCCAGACCAUUCAAGGCUUGGAAGCUGAUAAGGAAACGAAUAACCCAUGCAUUCAGAACACUGUGCUGUGUUCCUGAACCACUCCAUGGUGAAUCCUUGAUCGUCAUGUAA